AAGCAUUACCUUCUCUCUAUAUUACUAAUUCUAAAAUGAAGACCAAAUGGCUAUAAACCGAUAUAUUUACCUUACACCUCCACCACCCAACUAAGUUCCCCCCCCCCCUGAAACAACGAGUACAUGAGGUGUAAGAAGCAUCUUAGCGACUUAAGUAGCGGCGUAGGCGUCUGCGCCACCUGUCUCCGGGAGCGUCUACUUGUCGUCAUCGCCACCGAAACUCGUUUAGAGCGCGCCGCUGCCGUGAACCAGGAUCGUCGGAAGCAUGAGCCACCGCCUUUGAGUUUCCCUCGGUCUGUUUCUCCUUACGUUAAUCGGCGGAAAUCUGACGAUGACGGUGAAACGUGGAUCCAUCACCAGAUAUUCUACAGUACUCCUCAGGUGGGCCUCACCACGACGACCACCGCCGAUUUUGAUGCCGCCUCCGUGGCUUUCAAGAAGAAACGCAAGUUCUCUCUCUUUUCGAGCCUGUUCGGCACGAGAUCCGAGAAAUUCAAUUCGGAUCCUAGGGUUCACAACCAUCGGGAAUCGUGCUAUGAGCCAGCCUCGUCGUCGUCAUCUUCCUCGUCUUGGUUCUCGGCGAUUUUUACAACUGGUAGAAAAAAUCAGCAAUUCGACCAUCGUUAUCCGAGACCAUGCGCAGAUCGAGGAAUGUCGCCUGCAACAGAAUUGAAUCCCGGGGACGAGUGUGACCGAUUACCACCGGAAAUUUCUCCGGAGGUCUCACCACUGUGGAAGAGGACACCGACGACGGGUAGAGGAGGGAGAACAGGGGCGACGAACAAGCGAGGAAUGGCGUUUUGCUUGAGCCCGCUGGUGAGGGCGAGUCUGAACCGGCAGUGGAAGCAAAAGAGCGGAUCGGCGCCUGACAUGACGUAUACAAACGAAGGUAGGCCGCCGAUGAAGCCCCACUUGGGUACUGCGGCGGGGUUUUGUGCGAAUAGGUCUAAGAAGAUUGCUGAUUUCGGCAGAGUCAAGUAUAACCGUUGACAUUUAGCUACCCAUCAAAACACGUAAAAUGCGAGGGGAAAAAAAGGGGAAAUGUAUGCUGUACACAUGUUUC